CAAUUCCUCUCCACUCUCGGACCAUCAUCUGCAUUCGGAUGCUUCUUUGCUGCUGCUGCUGCUGCUCGUGACACCUCCGUCGCUACUUAUUUAGAUACUGCUUCGUCCACGUUCGCUACUGUUGACUUCUUCCACUCACUUUGCUUUGCUUCCGAGAUACCCCCUACAGUUACCCUUCACAGUCCAGUCCUCUUUACACAUCCUCCCUCUUUCCUGCCAGUCCAUCCACACAAUGUGUCAAUCCACCUGGCAUGACUUCCUCCGCGGCCUUCCCAAGUGCGAACACCACGUGCACCUGGAAGGCUGCCUGACACCGGAGCUGAUCUUCUCGCUGGCUGCCAAAAACCAAGUGCAGCUCCCGGACGCCGCGACCAACCCAGCCUACGAGUCGAUUGAAACGCUCACGGCGCGUUACGGCAACUUCACCUCGCUGGACGACUUCCUCCACUUCUACUUCAUCGGCAUGUCGGUGCUGAACCAGGAAUCCGACUUCGCCGACCUGGCGUGGGCCUAUUUCCAAAAGGCGCACGCCGACGGCGUCCACCACGCCGAAGUCUUCUUCGACCCCCAGGUGCACCAAGACCGCGGCAUCCCCUACGAGACCAUCGUCGCCGGCUUCGUCGCCGGCUGCAAGCGCGCCGAGGCCGAGCUCGGCCUCUCCACCCGGCUCAUCCUCUGCUUCGUCCGCCACCUGCCCGUCGCGUCCGCCGAGAAGACCUACCAGGAUAUCCUCGAUAGCCGCCACUUCGAAUCGGACGUCAUCCACGGCCUGGGCUGGUCCUCCACCGAGGUCGGCCCCCCCAAGGACAUGUACCGCGACAUCUAUGCCUCCGCCGCCCAGCGCGGCGUCCGUCUCACCGCCCACGCCGGCGAGGAGGGCGAUCCCACCCACAUCAGCGUCGCCCUGGAGCUGGGCGCCACCCGCAUCGAUCACGGCAUUCGUCUCGUCGAGGACCCCGUCCUCAUGCAGCGCAUCGUCGACGAGGGUAUCCUCCUCACCGUCUGUCCCUUGUCCAACGUCCAGCUCAAGUGCGUCAAGUCCGUCGCCGAGGUCCCCAUUCGCACUUUCCUGGAUGCUGGCGUCAAGUUCUCCAUCAACAGUGACGAUCCCGCAUACUUCGGUGGGUAUAUUCUGGAUAACUACUGCGCUGUGCAUGAGGCGUUUGCGUUGAGUGUCGAUGAGUGGAGGACGAUUGCCGUGAACAGUGUCAGUGAGAGCUGGAUUGGCGAGGAGAGGAAGAAGGAGUUGUUCGAGAGUAUUGAUGCCCAUGUGCUCAAGUUUGCCGAGUUGGUGUAAUUGCGUUGGGUUGCGUUGGAUUGGCUUUGUAUGAUACCUAGGUAGUUGGGGGCGGUUAAUGCGUGAUGAGUAGAUGAUUGUAUAGAUACUGCUAUUGAAAAUAAUGAUCACUU